CUAGCAACACCGGUAAUGACGUAUGGGAUACGUGUGUUUCAAAGUUCGACUUCUGAAUUCUCAUUGGUCAAUAAAAUCACUCCACACCACCCAAUUUUAUUCACUGCCAUAUUCUCUACAGCGCAGAACGAAAAUUAUUUGUUUGUUUUAUUGUGACUUGUGAAACUUGAAUACUGUUGUUGCGUCAUAUUGAAAGCUAUAAAUAUUUUAGACUUCAAAUAGAAAAACAUAGAUCAUAUUAUUGAAAUCAUUGUUUAAAGACCCUUCAGAAAGUAAAAAAAAAAACAUGAAUACAAUAAAUUUUCAAACCUUUGUCAACAGCUUUCAGAAUCGACUGGAACCACCAGUUCGUCAGCAUCUUAAAAAUGUUUACGCCACAUUAAUGAUGACAUGCGUCUCUGCAUCUGCUGGGGUUUAUGUUGAUAUGUUUACAAGAUUCCAAGCUGGAUUUUUAUCGGCCAUCGUUGGUGCUGGUCUAAUGCUCAUGUUAAUUGCCACACCCGAUAAUGGAAAGAACACUAACUUACGACUCGGCUAUCUACUUGGAUUUGGAUUAACAUCAGGCAUGAGCAUGGGUCCCCUGCUUGAAUAUGUCAGUGUAGUUGACCCAUCUAUCAUAAUAACUGCUCUGCUCGGCACUACCCUGGUAUUUGUAUGCUUCUCUGCUGCUGCUAUGCUUGCUGAACGAGGCAGCUGGCUAUUCCUCGGUGGCACAUUGAUGACACUGUUCACGUCUAUGUCACUAAUGACUUUGGUUAAUCUGUUUAUGCAGUCACAUUUCCUGUACCAAGCUCAUCUUUAUCUUGGCCUCAUGCUCAUGUGCGGAUUUGUACUAUUCGACACACAACUUAUCAUUGAGAAACGCAGAAUGGGAAGCAAAGACUUUGUGCAACAUGCAUUGGAAUUAUUCAUUGACUUUAUUGGAAUGUUCAGAAGACUGGUUAUUAUUUUGACACAGAAGGUAGGAAAUUAUGUGCUUAAUAUUUCACAUGCUAAUGCUUUACCAAUGCUUUUUUAAUAAUUGGCUCUUACCUGCAGCUUGGCCUCCGUGGUCGAGGAAAGUAUUAAUAGUUUUUUCUAGUGUUUUGGUAUUUUUAAAAAGAUAAUAAAAUUGUUUCUCAUGGGAUUGAGAUGUUUAUUCGGGAUAAAAGGUAGUCUUUACGCUCUACUGACCUUAAAAUGUCACUUUAAAAAACAAUACAACAUGAAAAAAGGACAAACCUAAUUUCACAAUUACAAUAAAGUAAAGUUAAAAAGCCAAAUGAAAUUGUCUAUAUUUAACCAUUGUUGUUUUUUCAGGAGGAACAAAACCGUCGUCGCAAGCGUGACUAAAAAUAUACUUAAAAGGUAUUAUUUACCCACAUCAGUAUGGUGAUACGGAUGUUUGAAGAUAUUUGUUUUUUUUUUUAUUUUCUGAUUGAAAUAUUUUAGGCAAUGCAGAAAAAUUGUAAAUUACAUUUAACUAUUUAGUAAAGUAUCUAUUGGUUCCAAAA